GUCUACAUCAGAGCUUCAGAGGAGUCCUCUUGCGUCCACAAGCUUCGAACAUUAAAAACCCUCCAGACGACGAAGAGGCUUCGGGCAGAACCUGCUCCUCUUCAUCUUUCAGUACGGUUAACAAGACCAUGGCCGAGGAGCACAACCACUCAGGCUACAUUAAUGGCACGCCGUGGUUUGUCCACGAGUGCACCAUCGAGCUGGACGUGGACUACAGGCGCAUCGCCCUCUUCCUGCUCUACCUCUUCAUCUUCAUGGUGGGCCUGCUGGAGAAUGUGCUGGUCGUGUGGGUGAACUGGAGCAGGCGCCACUCCGCCAACGGGGUUCUCUUCUGCGUCAUCAACGUGAGCCUGUCGGACCUGAUGGUGAUUGGGAUCCUGCCCUUCUUCCUCAUGGAGGUGACCAUGGACAAGGUUUGGGUGUGGGGCCGCUUCCUCUGCAAGGUCACCAACCUCAUCUUCGUGGUCAACUUCUACAGCAGCUCCCUCUUCCUGGCCUGCAUGACCUUGGAGCGCUACCUGUCCCUGACCAGGCCCUCGUCUCCGGCCCUCUUCCCUGUGGUGGGCCGGCGGCGCUGGGUGCUCUGCGGAGGCCUGUGGCUCUUCUCUUUUGUCCUGGCCCUGUUUGAGAACGUCCAUGUGGACCUUCUGGAGUGGGACGAGCCGGGCUGCUACAUGAUGCCAGAGCACAACUACGACGAGUGGUUUGUUUUCGUGCCGGUCCUCUGCUUGGUCUUCCAGUUCAUAGUCCCCGCGGCCGUCAUCAUCACCUGCAACGUGCUGAUCGCUCGAGCGGUCAAGGCGACUCCGGAUGUGCAGGGCCGGCGGGACGUGUGGCUGGUGCACGUGUACUCACUGGUCUUCGUCAUGUGCUGGCUGCCCUACCACCUGGUGGUGUUCCUGAUGGUCAUCGACAACGUUGACCCCUACAUCUUCAGCUGCAACACCAUAGAGGGCCUCUACUUCUCCUACAGCGUGGUGCAGUGCCUGUCGCUUUUCCACUGCGUCGCCAACCCCAUCCUCUACAACUUCCUCAGCCAGAGCUUCCGCAAAAACCUGAUCAACACGGUGCUGAGCCACAUACCCAAAGAGGUGGAGCAGGUGGGAGCGGGAAACCAGCCCGGUGCUCCUAAUGGCGGCGGCGGCCCGGAGAGGCAGCGCAAGUUGAGUAACGUCAGCACAAGCCAGUCUGACGUGGGAUCAUAAGAGAGAAGCUGAGGAUCGAGUCAAGAACUAAACCCAGUCUCUGAAAACCAGAGUUCACGUUCCUCUCGUAAUCUACUUCCUUGAUUUCUAAUCGUGUACCUGAUCAGUUUAAAAAAAGAGAGAAGCAGGAAAUGUUUGAUGUCUUUUUGUUUUCUUCUCAAAGCUGCUCAUCUCCCACAGGAAAACAUGGCUGCCUCUGAAAUGUGGCAGCAGCAGGAAUGUGUGUGUAAACAAACGCUAACAUCUCACUUCACUGAACGGACCGGGGUCACAUGCUGGAUAAAUUAAAGCAUUUAUUGUUGUACUGUUGUUUUCUUUAAGUUCUGUUCAAAUGCAAUAAAACUCCCUUCAACACUGUUUGAAUCCAUCUGAGCUGGAAAAGCUGAGCAGCAUCUUCAGGGCUUCUGCAGGUUCAGGUUCAAUUUAAGGUUUUUUAAGAUCUUUGUGAAGUACGACAGGUACGUGGGAAUAUGAGAGUUACAGAAGUACUUAUACUUCACUGCAAAUACACAGUUAUAAGUUCCAUGUUUGUAGUUUUUUAACAGUGUGUUAAAACUGAGAAAGAACUACAACACACAGACAAACUAAAUUGUUGUCUUAAAUAAAUAUUAACUCAAUAUUAACUCAAUGAAAACCUUACUAAAUUUAUUUAAUAUAAAAUGAGAUUAACCUUUAUUUAUCCUCUGCAGAGUAAAUGUACAAUCAACACAGCAGCACAACGGGAAAAUGUCGUAAGAAUCAAAAUAAGAAUAAAAUAUAAAUACAAUAUACAAGAACAUUUUAAAUAUCUAAAUAUAUGCACAAGCCUGUUUUUCUAAAUGUGCAAAAUAAAGAUGGGGAUAAAGGUUGAA